AUGUCAUACAACCCACAUUCACGAAGAGAUGAUGAGGUCUACCACCAGCUACAUACAUCUCCUCAGGAGUUUGAUAUCAAUAAUUUCCAGCUAGAUAAUGAUAUGCUACAACAGAAUGCGAUGGAUAUCCAGGAUUACCAACAAAGGAAUUUUCAAAAUGCAGGUGCUAAUUAUCAGCAAUACCAGGAUAUUCCGGAAUCCAACGUCAAAGAAGCCUACUCGGAAAUUACCUAUCAAGCCUAUGACAAUCAAAGCAAUAUCCAAGUAUCGUACGACUAUGCUGAGCUAGAUCAACUGGGAAGACAGUAUACUGAAAAUGUCAAUACAGGCAAUGGGUUAUCAUUGAAUACUCAGAACUUACCACAAUUUACUGACAACGACUUUUUAUCACCAUCCUCGCAAAUUAGCCAUCUUUCACCUGUGAACAGGACAAGCAGUAAUCCACAAAACGAUUUUCUACAGGUACAACAAAAUCAAAUGGAUAGCAACUUUCUUAAUCCAAAUUCACCUGGUCAUUUUUCAUCACAAUCUUUGUAUUCAGACAAUUCAUCUCAGCCGGCUUCACCAUAUCUUGAUGCAGCAUCACAUUUCAGUAAUGCCAAUUUGGCGCCUCCUCAAGUUCCUGGACCAGCAUUUUCUGAUGUUGGUUCUGUACAUGGAGGAAAUUCAUCUACAAACUUAGCUCAAAAUCAUUUUGAUACCCGUAAUAAUAAUGAUUACCUAAACACAGAUAUAGCUUUCGGGGAGUCAAUUAGCUCAACGAAUUUGCCCACAAUGUCAUCCUCCAAUGCUUGGCAGCAGACAAUAGAAGCCGAUCUUCAAAAAGAAGAGUAUAAUGGAUUAGAAUUUGGCGCUGGAAUGGAGUAUCCUCGUGAGUUCCAAAUGGAUUCGCAGCCGUUUGUACAAAAAGGUUCACAAACUUUUGAGGAAAACCUCCAACUUAACAACGUCAAUACGCAACCCGAAACCGAUCCUCAUCAUUUUACUUUCCGUAGUCCACAAAUGGACUUUGAUCUUGACAUCAAGGUUACUCCUCCAGAACAUUCGGGAGAGUCAAAGAUGCAAGAAGACCCUAAAGGAGAUGACGAAGCCAAUACAAAGCAAAUGCUUACCGAAAACAACUUGUCUACGUAUAAUAAUCAAAUAAAGGAGGAGAUAGAUGGACAAGGUGCAACUGUGCAUAAAGACUCAUCGGGUAUUGUAAUAUCGAUACACCAAGCGCCCGAAGUCAUGGCAGCAAGGACUCCAUCUUUGUUUAGCAACUCUUCCGCAAAUUCAUCAUUAAACUUGUCAAGGACGAAUAGCAGAAAUGAAAGUGAUUCAAAGAACGAGAAAAAGAGUAGUUCAAGUCUUGUGCCGAAUUCACAAAUCAUCCCCUCAUCACCAAAUUCUGCCAGUGGCGAAGAAAGCUCCAAGGAUUUAUUAAAUCCAGAAUACCAAUCAAUCAAACGUGGAAGGAGAAAGAGUCAUGCGUCGAAAGCAUCCAAUAGUCUAUCUCCUAGACCUCGAUCGAAAUCUCCCGCUUCAACAAGGAGCAUAAGUGGUGACAAUGAUGGCAGCGAUGAGGAUGACAAUGAAGACAAUGAGAGCUCCUCGCAAGUCUCCUCGCGUGAAAAAAUGUUAGAACUAGCACUGCCGAAUCAAUCCUCAAAACGUACACAGAAGCACCCCAGUGUCUAUGCUUGUCAUUUAUGUGAUAAACGUUUUACUAGGCCCUACAAUUUGAAAUCACAUUUGCGUACACAUACAGAUGAAAGGCCAUUCAUUUGUAGUCAAUGUGGUAAAGCAUUUGCUAGGCAACAUGAUCGGAAACGACAUGAAGAUUUACAUUCUGGUGAAAAGAAGUACCAAUGUAAGGGGAUGUUGAAGAAUGGUCAACCAUAUGGAUGUGGUAGAAAAUUUGCUCGUGCUGAUGCAUUAAGACGACACUUUCAAACUGAAGCUGGUAAAGAGUGUAUACGACUUUUGAUUGAAGAAGAAGAGGAAGAAAAAAGGAAUGGAGGAGUACCGUCUUCUGUUGAUACGACAGGAAGUAAUGGUAAUGAUUUCUUGAGUCCUGAUUCAUCCUCCACCGGACGUGGGUCGGUUCCCCAAGUCGCAAUAUCUCCACCUGAGUAG